UUGCCGGUUUCUGGCUGUGUGAGGUGAUACCCUGAACCGCGUCAACUCCUCAGCGCCCGCUCGUUUGUCGGGGGGAGGGAGGGGGGACUGUGUGAGCGGAGAAACCAUUCGGGAGAUAGAGAGGGGGGACAGCACCCUCUGGCCUGCUUGGUGACUCCCCUUAUCCAGGGUUAGGCGUGAAUAAAAGCGAAACGGGGCUUCCUUCCCCCCCCAACCCGGGGACUAUGAGUAUCGAGAUCCCGCCCGGCCUGACGGACUUACUGCAGGGUUAUACGGUGGAGGUGCUGCGCCAGAAGCCGCCUGAUCUGGUGGAGUUCGCGAUACAGUAUUUCACCCGACUCAAGGAGAAGCAGCUACAGGAUGGCGCAGGGGCCGGCGCAAUACGGCCUCACACCCGGGUGGUCAACUUUGACGGAGAACCCAUGCAGACCGAUUCCAACGGGGAGGAGGAAGAGGACGACGAGGAAGAGGACGAUGACUCCGAUUUUGAACCGCCUGUUAUCAAUAGGUACAGUAGAAGAGUAUCAGUGUGUGCGGAAGCCUAUAAUCCUGAUGAAGAGGAUGAGGACACAGAACCAAGGGUGGUCCACCCUAAAACAGAUGCACAGAGAUGUAGAUUACAAGAAGCUUGCAUAGAUAUUUUAAUUUUUAAAAACCUUGACCAGGAGCAGCUCUCUCAGGUUCUUGAUGCAAUGUUUGAAAGGAGAGUGGAGCCUCAGGAACAUGUUAUUGACCAGGGAGAUGAUGGAGAUAACUUCUAUGUUAUUGACAGAGGACAAUAUGACAUAUUCGUACAGAGAGAUGGUCAGUCAAGAUGUGUGGGCAAAUAUGAUGAACAUGGAAGUUUUGGUGAACUGGCAUUGAUGUAUAACACUCCUAGGGCUGCAACAAUUGUUGCCACAACAGAAGGGGCUCUUUGGGGACUGGACAGAGUGACCUUCAGACGUAUUAUUUUGAAAAACAAUGCUAAAAAGAGAAAAACAUAUGAAAUAUUUAUUGAAUCUGUACCUAUUCUUAAGUCAUUAGAGCUUUCUGAGCGCAUGAAAAUUGUUGAUGUAAUUGGUGCAAAAGUGUAUAAAGAUGGAGACCGCAUCAUUGCACAGGGUGAUCAAGCUGACUGCUUUUUCAUCGUGGAAUCGGGAGAAGUAAAAAUCAUGAUGAAAAGUAAGACUAAAACAGGUCAAGAAAGUAACCAGGAAGUAGAGAUCGCACGCUGUAAAAGUGGACAGUAUUUUGGAGAACUAGCUCUCGUUACCAACAAGCCAAGAGCAGCUUCGGCCUACGCUGUGGGGGACGUAAAGUGCUUAGUUAUUGAUGUGCAGGCAUUUGAGAGAUUGCUGGGCCCCUGCAUGGACAUUAUGAAGAGAAAUAUCACGCAUUAUGAAGAGCAGUUGGUUGCAUUGUUUGGUUCCAGCAUGGACCUUAGGGAUCCAGGAAAAUAGGCACCGUUACCUCAUUGCCUUCUCUGUUCAAGACACAGAAAUAAAAGCUUCCUGUCAGCAACACAACAAACAAGGGACAAAGAGCACUGUGGAACAGCUACUGCUGCUGUUGUCUUGAGCACUUUUUUUUCUUUUUCACCCCCUUCUGCUUCAGCAGCAGAGAUCGCGGUAGAAAUCCAGUCUGGGCCAUUUUGCUGCUGAGAUCCCAUUAUUAGACCCGAUAGAAAUAACGUGCCUUUCUUUUUCCUUUCCUGGUUAAGAAUGGCAUAUUAGCCCUCGUUGCGAUACAUUUUGUAAGUGCCUACUCCAUUGCCCAAUGUCUGAGCAUAACAAGUAGUAUUAAAAACAAACAUUUUUGUUAACAUGGCUCCCAUCUUUCUAGUCAAAACAACGAGGUUGACCGGCAAUAAGGUUUACUUUUACUUGGAUACUGUUCUUUGGUUCAGCAAUGCAGCCUAUUAAUUGUACAUUGCAGGUUUUUAAUUAUCAUUUUAGUCAUGUGGCACCCUCUGCAGCUUGCCGUGGGAAAAUGGUGUUUAGCCUAUGCAACCUAUUCUAUUAGGUAAUGGUAUAGUGAAAGCAGUUUUGUUCUGUGUUUGCGAUAUCCUGCCAUAUUUAACUUGAAAGUGUUGCAUUACAAAUUUACAAUAGCUCUUCGGAUUGCCACAAGAUGUUUCUCAAAGUAACAACAAUAGAUCUGAGUAUUAAUUUGUAAAAUGUUUUCACAUAGCUGGGCUUCCCUCCUCCAUUAGUUGGCCUGUUUAGCCACCAGGUCAUCUGAAACUCUUGCUCCCUAAGGGUAAGGGCAGAUUUGGGGAGAUUAGACGCCCCGUCGACAAAUCGCCUCUUAUUUGGGCCAACAAUCUCCCCCAACUGCCUUCCCCUACCUUCCCACCAGUUGUAAUUAAAAAUUGCCAGUGCGAUCACACUCGUGGCGUUUAAUUUUUCGAAGUUCCCUCACGCUGAAACUUUGGACGACUUCGGAAAAUGAAUCGCUCCCAGUGCGAUUCUGCCAGCGAUUUACAUUCUAGCCAAGGGGUGGGCAGUUUGGGGAGAUUAGUCGCCCGUAGAAGAGGAGCUUUGUAGCCGGGGCGUAAUCUCCCCGAAUCUGCCUACCCUUAACCAUUCUGUCUGGUUUAGGUUCACCUAGUAGCAACAAUGUUAAGAGAACAAAAAAGUUCCUGUAUAUGCGAGUCAUUUUAGAGCAUUUUAUUAUCUUUGUAUAUCUAAGAAAGAUAAUGUUAACACAAGUUCCUUUUGUGGCUCCUAUGGAUUUUCCUUCAGAGAGGAUGUUUUGUUAUUUAAAUCAGUCAAGCACCAUUCCUUAAACAUUAUUAUUAAAAUACAAAUGACAUCCACGUUGAUGAAA